UUAUCAUCACGUGAAUGAUAGAGAAAAACCAAGCGACAGCGGAUGGCGGCAACUGAAGAUCUGAACUGGCGACCUCGGUUGCGUCAGUAUGACGUAGAGCUGGAGCGACUCAGCCUCCCUCGCGAGGACUCGAGCGGCCACCAUCCUCUAAUGGGCCUCGUGGCAUUAGUCGAGACGGCCUCAACUACAAAGAAAACGAAGCUGGGAGCCAAGGGGUCAAAGGACACCGUGUCAGCCCCGCCCCCUAGCGACCCCCUACAGGACCCCCUGUCGAUAUCGGCAGCAGCGGACCCCCUUUCUGCAGCUCUCCUGGACCCCCUGUCAGCUGCUUCUGCCGAGUCCUCCAGUACCUUUGGAGCCAAGAAAACCGAAAUGAUGAACGUGGGUAUCGACGAGACCUUUGAACCCUGGAGCUCCAAGAGGACGUCCAUUCUGAGCACGUACACAACGUCUCAGAGGAUCCCAAUCACCACCUCCUUCCUCCCCUCCGAGGAGAGGGAGAAAUUGGAGACGAAGGCACAGGCAGCCGCAGGGGACAAGGUGAAGAACCGCCUGGAGCAGCUGGACGACCUGGAGGACGGGAGUGUGAGGGAGACACUCAACCUGAGUCAGGUGGAGUACCUGAGGAAGAUAGAGGAGCUCAACGUGAGCCUCGUGAACCACUGGGACAACGAUCAGAGAGUCAAGGCCCUCAAGAUCGCCAUUCAGUGCUCCAAGUUGCUUAUCGACACGAAGGUCAUCCAGUUCUACCCCAGCAAGUUUGUCCUCAUUACUGACAUUCUGGACAACUUUGGGUACUUGGUGUAUGACCGGAUCCGUCGCAAAUCGACAAUAAUCCUGCCUGGAGCCAGCAAGCCAGUGAUGCUACCUGAGAACUUCACCUCGGACCAGGUCCCUGAUUCCGGGAAGGAGACUUGUCGCAACUGGUUCUUCAAGAUCGCCUCCAUUAGGGAACUUAUCCCGCGAUUGUAUCCCUCUCUCUCUCCCUUCUCCUCCUCCUCCUCCUCCUUGUUCUACUCUCUCUCUGCCUGGUUUUUCCCUGACUCUCCAACUCUCAGCUAUGUGGAGGCGGCCAUCAUGAAAUGCUACAGUUUCCUGACCAACAAGGAGUACACGCAGGCCCUCAUACGACUCACCAAGAUGGUCCGUGGGAUCGGAGACCCUCUCGUGGCAGGCUACGCCAGAGCCUACCUCUGUCGUGUCGGAAUGUCCAUUGCCCCCGAGUCCCGCAUGCACCUCCUCCCCAACUUCACCGACUAUCUCUCCACCUACUCACAGCUGAACUCUGACCACGUCCAGAACACUCUAGGUCUCCAGGGACUGGAGAUGUCCCAGUACAUGCACCUGUUCUGGCCAGCCGUGGAGUGGAUUCUCCAGUGCAUCGCUUACAAGGCCAGCGAGGCCACGCUGGACGACGUACUGGCAAAGAUCAAGGAGAACGUAGUGAGUGCUCCGGUUCUGAAUGCGGUCAUGAACAGUUUCAAGCCAGAGUACAUCGCCCAGAAAGCCACCAUGUUCUCUGACAUGGUCCGAGACUGUGAGGAGGUCGGACUGCCUAAGUACAAGUUGUAUGUGUCUCUGGGUAACUGUGUGGUUGCUGCAGAUCCUCCGCAGAAGGAAAGGUUGCAGCUCCUCAAUUCAGUGUGGAAGACAGUGUCCAAACUGACAGAGCCAGGGGUACGUGUGUACCAACUCAGCUGUUGUGCGGAAAUCAACAAAAAUUUUUUCCAGUACGUCAUAAUUCUCUUAUUUCUCUCUCUACAGGAGUAUAUCCAGUGUACUCAGGUCUGGAUGGAAUACGUCGCCAAACACUUUACUAAACGGGAGGUGAACACUCUACUAGAUGACAUCAUCAAGCACAUGACCCCAGGACGUGUCUUUGAGAACCACUAUCCCGAACUAGUCUCAAUCAUCAACAGAAUCCUCGCUCACAUGACCGACUUCCACGUCCUCUUCUCCAUGGAUAAGUUCCUGCCGUUCAUGGACUUGCUGCAGAAGGACUCGGUAAAGGUCGAGGUUUGCCAGAAUGUCGUCAAGAGCUUCAUCAUUCACCAGGAGGAGGAGACAAGUGAUCCUGUCGUGAUCAAUGCUAACAUGUACCUCUGCAAGGUCAUGCACGACCACCUCAAUGCUCUGAGUCUGGAUGAUGAGAGGAGACAGAUUGGUAAUCUUGUCAUCGGGUUCCUCAUGAAGGUGAGACCCCUCACCUCAUGGUCCGUUCAGUUGUCAGUGAAAACUUCACCUCAGAUCAGUUUCGGUCGAGACUUUGAGCAACAGCUUGGCUUCUUUGUGGAGGCCAGGGCUUCCUUCUCCAAUGUCGACUCCAUUCUCGUCUUCCUCAUACAAAGUGUGAAUCGACUGGCCAUGGAGACGAGGCGGAGGGUGAAAGGGAGCCACACCAGAAAGACGGCAGCGUUUGUGCGGGCGUGUGCCGCCUACUGCUACAUCACAAUCCCUUCCGUUGACAACAUUCUCCUCAAACUGAACCUCUACCUGCUGUCGGGGAGGGUGGCCAUUUCUAACGGAGCUCUCUCUCAGGGUGAUGCCUUCUUCAAAGCUGCCAUCAAUUCACUGAAAGAUGUACCACAAUUCAUGGAAAUAGAUCGCAAGAGACAGUCCACUGAGAGAUUUAUGGUCGAAUACUUCAACUCUUUCCUCUCCACGCUCCUCACCGUUCCGGAUAAUCCGGACCAGCAAGCUCUUUACCUUCUCCGAGGUCUUCUGAAUGGACUGAAUGAGUACCAAUGGUCGACCUCAACUGACUGUAAGAUGAGAGUCUACAUCAACGCCAUCUGUCUCCUUGCAGCGGCAUGCCAGGAAAGAUACCUUUACAGCUUGGAGAAAGUGGACUGUAACGACAGUCUAUAUGCUGGAGACCCAAAACUGGUUGCAGAGGUGGCCAAACUGGUUCAUACCCUGCUUGACCAGGUCAUGGAGCACAUGAAGGGACUCAACACAACUCUUGAGUUGAAGAAACGACAGUCUCACUUGGCCCUCAGGCUGUUUGCCAGUUUGUUUGCUCAUGUGGAGUUGUCAGAGCAGACCAACAUGUCUUCUCUUCUGGUCAACCUGUGGAACCUAGCCUGCAAACACAGGACUGGAGAUGGCAAGAUGCUGGUUGGUUACCAUGGAGUUGUCAAGAACAGAGGAGCCAGAGUUGGUGGGCAUUAUCAAGAACUAGCUGAGCAACUGUCAGUGUGACAACAGUUCUUUUAGUCGCAGCAGAAUUUGUUGUCAAAAGUUAAUUUUGUGUCACUUCUCAUUAGAACAGAUUUUUUGUACAAAAACUCGUUUAGUUACCCUGAAUGGUGGAUGUGGAAAAUUACAGACUGUGUGACUGUUGAAAAAGAAGGGGUGAAUAAAUUAAUAGGGAAACAUGAUGUGAGCUCAGUGUAUGCAUGUAUGAUGAAUUAUUUCAAGAUCUCUGCUCUCUUACAGCUGCAACCUCUCUCCAGAGGUUCUUGAGGUAGCUGAUCUCCACAGAGAGGGCCUUCACCUGCUGCUUGAGGUCAGAGUUCAGAGCCUCAAGCUCGUCCCUCUUGUCCUCGAUUAUCUCCGACUCUCCUCGUUUCCGCUGGCGAUAGCGGAGUGCCGCCUUCUUGUUCUGCUCUUUCUUCCUCUCCUUCUUUGCUACUUUGCUCAAUUUCCGCCGCUUCCCCCUUGGCUCGCUAGCAGCUGGAGUAUCUGGAUCAGAAUGUCGCUUUUUCUCGCUGCUCUCGGUCGGAGUCUCGUCCUCUGUGUUUCCGCGGGUUAGGAGAUCCCUGAUCCCUUCUGUCUUAGUGAGGUCGAUAAGGUCAGGAGACGAGGGAGAGGAAGGGAAGGGAGAACCAGAGCAACGAGAGAGGUAGCUGUCGUCUGGAGACCCAGGGAGAGGGAGCGGGGAGGGGAGGAGGGUGGGGUCACAAGAGAAUGAGUAUGCAGGAGAAGUGUUGUAGUUGGAGGGGCUGGGGAGGGGUGAGUGGGACUCAAACUGAGGCAGAAUGUGAGAGGGCGGGCCGAGCUGGGAGUCAGUGGAGUCUGAGAUGAGAGACAGGGCAUCCAGAACCUCUGGGUCCUGGCCGUAGCUGGAGACUGGAGUAGAGGGUGAGCUGGCAUCGGGUGUGGGGAGAGAGAAGGAAGAGUAAGGCGCCUGGAACUGUGGCUGAAUGAAUGAGACGUCAUUCUCUUGCUCCUCUGGAGUAAGGAGAAGACAAUCGUUGCUCAUCCAGUCAAGGUCGUCCUGGUCGAAGGGGAAAGGAGGGAAGACGGCAGGAGUGUAGCCGUCUUCCGUCUGAAGAGAAGACAGUUUGAGGACCCCCAGGGGGUCCGGGGAAACGGGGGGGUCGAGAAAUUCGACCAGCUCAUCGCCGUACGGGUAAGCGGCGUCCGGCACGGGGGGACCGGUGAACGUGGGUAUGUCCAUGUUUUCGUCUGCUCGUUCUGUGUCGGUUGGAUAGUGUGUGAAGUAAACGGGGAAACCCCAUCGUAGGGUGCUUGAAGAUCAUUUUAGUAGUUGUAAAGCGGGUCGAGACCCACUGAUUAGCAAAAAGCCAUCAUCGUUCAGAGACGACAACGAUAAACAGUCCAAGCACAAAAUGAGCUUCUGCCCGCAAACAUGCUCAUAAAUUUUCCGACUUGGCUGAUGCAAUACCGUCAAACUAUUUUCGGCCAUGGUU